AUGUGGCCCAUUAUUCUCUUAGCUACUCUCACCUGGUUCUGUUUUCUCUAUCUUCUCUCUCUCUUCCCAUUUCGCGUUUGUAACUCAGUGGAGAAGAAAGAUCCAAAUCGAUCCAUUUCGAAAAGGGAUUCGGAAAAUUCUGAGCGAAUGUCGAGUGCGGUGGACGCGACAGGGAACCCGAUCCCUACUUCCGCGGUGUUGACUGCGUCGGCCAAGCAUAUAGGUUUAAGAUGUAUGCCUGAGAACGUUGCCUUCCUCAAAUGCAAGAAGAACGAUCCAAACCCCGAGAAGUGUCUCGACAAGGGUCGUGACGUCACCCGCUGCGUCCUUGGCUUGUUGAAGGAUCUACACCAGAAAUGCCAAAAGGAGAUGGAUGACUAUGUUGGGUGUAUGUAUUACUACACAAACGAGUUUGAUCUCUGUAGGAAAGAGCAAGAAGCCUUCGAGAAAGUCUGUCCCUUGAAAUGAGAGAAUCACAAGUUUAUUGUCAUGUUUUUUAAUUUGUCGUUUCCUAAUAAAGCGAACUGUUCGUUUUUCAAUGAGCUUUACUCUCUUUCCUCUCUUUUGUUGUUGUCAUCAUCCUCUUAAAAUACAUUCGUAGCGAGUUAUCAAAGAUACUACCAAAUGAUUCAUCGUUUGAUGGUCCUUUAAUCAAAAUACAGAAUGUAUUUUUAUUUUCUCAAGGCAGUGAAACAU